AUGGCUGACAAAGUAUAUGGACAUGGCGUUCCAAACGCCGUGUCACGUCCUGAAACAGCUGCCCUCCGGCAUGUUGCGAAAGACUAUGACGACUCAGAGAGUGAUGACGGCGAGUCGACCUCUGGGAUUGCCCGAACCAUCUCGGAAAAGAAACGCCAACAGCAUGCCAUCUUCAGUUCAUGGGUCACACAAAAGGCAGAGCAUGUGACAGAGCAAGAGGUGAAGGAGACUUUGAAGACGGCUGACGACGACUCUCUCUCCGUUCGGACCUUGCUGGCCAAACAAGAUUCCAACAUCAUAGCCGAUCCGCGCGAAUAUCAGUUGGAGCUCUUCGAGAGAGCCAAAGAAGAGAACGUCAUUGCCGUUCUUGACACCGGUUCCGGAAAGACCCUGAUCGCGGUGCUUCUGCUCAAGCAUACCAUCGACAAGGAACUUGAAGAUCGUGCAGCGGGCAAAGCCCCUCGUAUUUCUUUCUUUCUCGUCGACUCGGUCACAUUGGUUUUCCAGCAAUUCGCCGUGCUCGAGACUAACCUCGAUCAGAAGGUCGAACGUUUCUGUGGAGCCAUGGGCUGCGAUCUCUGGUCGAAGCAGACCUGGACGAAGCACUUCGAGCAGAACAUGGUUCUUGUUUGCACCGCUGAGGUUCUUGCUCAGUGCCUGAUGCACUCCUUCAUCAACAUGGAGCAGAUCAAUCUACUGAUCUUCGACGAGGCGCACCAUGCCAAAAAGGGCCACAGUUAUGCCAAAAUCAUCAAGGACUACUACCUGCCUACCGAUCAAAGCAAACGGCCCAAAGUAUUCGGCAUGACGGCCUCGCCAGUAGAUGCAAAGGUGGACGUUCUUCAAGCUGCCAGUGACCUUGAAGCACUCCUGCACUGUCGCAUCGCAACCACUGCGAACCUGGACCUAUUGCGCAAGACCAUCAGCCGGCCAGACGAGAAUGUGGUGACCUACGCCCCCCUUCGGGAUAUGUUUGAAACGCCAUUGUACACAAAGAUGAAAGAAAGGCUUGGCGACAUGGAAACGUUCAGAGCUCUCUUUGAGUCAUCCAAACAUGCAAGUUCUCAGCUCGGAGCAUGGUGCUCUGACAUGUUUUGGUUCUACGCCCUGCAAGAGGAAGAAGCCAAAAAGCUCGAAAGCCGUCAGGAACAAGCCUUUCAUAAGGACAAGAAGAGAAAGUCAAUCUCUCGCCUCGACAAGGAGGUGGAAAGGUUGAGAGAAGCCGCGGGCAUUGUCAAAAACAGCUUCAUCGGCGAACCUCAGCCCAGCCUCACGCACCUGAGUUCAAAAGUCUUGGAACUUCGCAUUCAGCUCCUCAAAACCUUCGAGCGGACGCCCAACUCAAGAUGUAUCGUUUUCGUCGAACGCAGAUACACUGCCCGUCUGUUAAAUCAAGUCUUCAGCCAGAUCGGAGGCCCGCACCUCAAAUCCGGCAUGAUCGUUGGUAGCACGGGGAAAUGGGGCGAUCUCAAUAUCUCGUUCCGUCAGCAGGUUGUGACCCUCUUGAAGUUCAAAAAGGGAGAACUGAACUGCCUGUUUGCAACCUCUGUUGCUGAGGAAGGUCUCGAUAUCCCCGAUUGCAAUCUGGUCGUCAGGUUCGAUCUUUACAGGACCAUGAUUCAAUACGUGCAGUCCAGAGGUCGGGCGCGGCAUAGGAACUCCCGGUAUUUGCAUAUGAUUGAGCAAGGCAACAUGCAUCACAGGGCAACUGUGAUGGAAGCCCGUCAGGCAGAAAGAGUAAUGCGGCAGUUUUGUGAGGCUUUGCCGGAAGACCGCCUUUUGAAAGGAAACGACGCGGAUCUGGAUGAGCUCAUGCAGGAUCGCAAGGACUUCAGACGCUACACAGAACCUAGUACUGGAGCAAACCUCACUUAUGAUUCCAGUCUCAGUGUCAUUGCUCAUUUCACAGCAUCCCUGCCUAGGCAAGGAGAAACAGUUUCUGAGCCUUUGUACAUUGUAUCCUCUCAGUCAAGUAAAUUCCUCUGUGAGAUCAUCCUCCCAGAAAACUCGCCUAUCCCCUCAGCGACGGGCCGUCCAUGUGCGCGAAAGGCCAUCGCAAAACGAUCAGCAGCAUUUGAAAUCUGCCUUCAGCUCCGUGCAGCAGCGUAUCUGGACGAGAAUCUCCUGCCAAUCUAUACGAAGCAACUUCCUGCGAUGAGGAACGCCCGGCUGGCGUUGAAUUGUAAGAAAACAAAUGCAUACGAUAUGAUGACGAAGCCGAAACUGUGGGAAAACACUCGAGGGACCAUUCCUGAAGAACUCCACAUCACUGUCAUUGAACUACCGGAUGGCCUUGACAGGCCCAACCAGCCACUAGCGAUACUCACUAGAACGUCUCUUCCAAACCUGCCGGAAUUUCCACUAUUCCUCGAUUCUGGGUCUCCCAGCAGAGUCCAGCUGGUUCCUUUAACAUCCGUCUUCAAGUGCAGCAUCGAUGACGUUCAACACCUGACCACGUUCACGCUCAGAGCGUUCAAAGAUGUCUUCAACAAGACAUACGAGGAGGAUCAUGCCAAGAUGUCCUAUUGGCUUGCCCCUGUAAGGAGCUUUUACCGAGUCCUUGAUGAUGGAUUCUAUGGUUUACGAGACAUUCUCGACUGGGAGGCCCUGGAAGAGGUUCAAACGCACAUUGAAUACCGUUGGACGCCUGAGAUGCCCGACGAUUCCCUUCUGGACAAGUAUCUCGUCGACAGGUGGGACGGUGGCCGGCGCUUCUUUACGGAAAGCCUCAAUCGAACCCUGAAGCCGACAGACCCUGUUCCAGCGGACGCUGUCACUGGGAAAAAGGCGGAGCACAAGAAGGACAUCUUAAACUACUCCAUAAGCCUGUAUAAAGCAUCAAGAGCGAAGGCCGAUCCGAGCUGGGACCGCAAGCAACCAGUGAUUGAAGGAAGGCAGGUCCUACACCGCCGCAACAUGCUAGCGGAACCUGAGAAGCGUGAAGGCGAACUCCGCUCGAAGGUAUACCUGUGUCCGGAGCCUCUGAGAAUAUCGGCACUCCGGGCAGCAGUCGUAGCAACCAUCUACGUCUUCCCUGCAAUCAUUCAUCGCAUAGACCAGUGUCUCAUCGCGUUAGAGGCUUGUCAGCUCCUGGACCUCAACAUUAGUCCUGAAUUGGCGUUGGAGGCAGUGACGAAAGAUUCGGACAACACCGACGAACACGGAGAAGAGGCUCGGAAUUUUCGCCGCGGCAUGGGCAACAAUUACGAGCGCCUGGAGUUCAUGGGAGAUUGUUUUCUCAAGAUGGCCACCUCGAUCGCGCUGUUUGGUCAGAAUCCGGACGACAACGAGUUCGACUUCCACGUCAAACGAAUGUGCCUCGUGUGCAACCAAAACCUAUUUGAGACUGCCAAGGAGCUUCAUCUUACUAAGUACGUACGAAGCAUGGCAUUCUCAAGAAGAACUUGGUACCCGGACGGUCUCAAGAUGCUGGAGGGCAAGGGUCACAACAAGACCGGAGAAGAAGUGGUGAAGCAUGCGCUUGGAGACAAGACUGUAGCGGACGUUUGCGAGGCUCUCAUCGGAGCAGCUUAUCUGACGCAUAACACUUUAGGUGAUUGGAAGCCAGAGAACUGGGAUGAAGCUGUCAAGGCAGUCACCAACCUUGUGGCCAGUCCAGACCACACUCAGAAGAAGUGGUCCGAGUACCUUGACACGUACGAGAAACCGUCUUAUCUCGAUGCCGAGUGCACGGCUGCACAGAUGGACUUGGUGAAUCAGGUAGAGAGGGAGCACCCUUACCGCUUCCGCUCAGCAAAGCUCCUGAGAUCGGCUUUUGUGCACCCGUCGUAUCCUUACAACUAUGAGAAGGUCCCGUCGUACCAGCGCCUGGAGUUCCUGGGAGACUCGUUGAUCGACAACGCAUGCAUCACCUGGCUGGUCUACAGCUUCCCAGACAAAGACCCCCAAUGGCUAACGGAACACAAGAUGGCCAUGGUGUCCAACAAGUUCCUCGGCGCCGUCUGCGUGAAGCUCGGGUUCCACAAGCACCUCAAGUACAGCCACUCGCAAGUCGAGUACCAGAUCCGCGACUACGUCGUCGAGAUCCGCGAGGCCGAGCGCGAGGCCCACGGCGCGCGCGACUACUGGACGACGGUCAAGUCCCCGCCCAAGUGCCUCCCGGACGUCGUCGAGGCCUACGUCGGCGCCCUCUUCGUCGACAGCGGCCACGACUUCGGCGCGGUGCACGCCUUCUUCGACGCGCACAUCAAGUGGUACUUCGAGGACAUUUCCAUCUACGACGCCUUCGCCGCCUCGCACCCCGUCACCCGCCUGCACGCCUUCCUGCACGACGAGUUCGGCUGCGCCGACCACAAGGUCCUCGCCUCGGAGCUGCCCGUCGUCGUCCCCGCCGCCCCGCCCAGGUGCAUCGCCGGCGUCAUGCUGCACGACCGCGUCGUCGCCGAGGGCGUCGCCUCCGCGGGCAAGAACGCAAAGGUCAAGGCUGCCCUGGCUGCGCUCGACUUGCUCGCCGGCCUGCCGCCGUUCGAGUUCAGAGACCGCUUUGGCUGCGAUUGCGGACUGCAGCAGGAUGGGUCGGGAGCUGGGAUUGAUGACGGCGAUGGCCGCCGCGAGGGCGGUGAUUAUGACGCGAGCGAUGUGGUGGUCGUGGGUGUGGCCGACGAUGCGGAUGUUGGGGUCGUGAAAAGGGGAAGUUUGAUUUGA